UUUACUGUAGAAGAAGCAAGAUUGCAGAAGAAGAGACUGAUUGCAUUGGAUUCGUGCUUACUAUUCAUUUAUAUCGUUUUUAGAAAGGUUCAAGGACAAUAUGGAGAAUCCAGAAACUAUGGCUUUGGCAGCAACUAAUGUCUACACAGUGGAUACAAGUGGUUCUGCGGCAACUAGGCAACUAGUGAAUCCAGAAAGAGUCCAUCGUGUUAGUGACCCUUAUGAUUUGGUUUGUUUGGCACAGGAAGUCCAAAAGGCUGACCAAUUUGUACGGUGUGCUGCCAGCAAUAAACUUAUUUUGAUUGCAGAACAAAUCCGCCAUCUUCAAGAACAG